GUUGUUAAUGUUUAUAAUUUUCACAAAGUAGGGUAAUUAAAUAUUUCUUUAGCUUGUUUAAAGCCGUUAUCUAGAUGUUUUAGCCUUUGUUAUUCGAAAUCAUGCAAUCGUUGGGUUAAAAGAUCUCUUGAUACCACACAAUGCAUAAGGUUAAAAUAUGAUAAGAUCAACAAAUAAGUAUCUUUUUUAAAAAAUCUUAAAGUCUUUUGUAUCUUGUUAACUCAAUAAUUAUUUGUAGAUCAGCUUGUACUAUAUCAUUUAUACGGUGGCACAGAGGUAAUAAUAAUAAUAAUUUGUGGGCUUUUAUUUAUCUCGUGCUUACAAGAAACUAUGUCUUGGCCACGAGGUACUAAGUCGUGCGCACGAGAUGAUUAAGUGGUGCGCACGAGAUUCUUUGACGUGGCCACGAGUUGAAAAGUCAUGCGCACGAGAUAAUUAAUUCGUACGCACAAAAAUCUAUGUCUUGGCCACGAGUUACUAAGUAGUGCGCAUGAGAUAAUUAAGUGGUGCGCACGAAAUACUAUGUCUUGGCCACGAGGUUCUAAGUCGUGCGCCCGAGAUUCCAUGACGUGGCCACGAGUGACAAAGUCGUGCGCACGAGGUAAUUAAGUCGUGCGCACGAACAACUAUGUCUGGGCACGAGUUACUAACGAGUUCGCACGACAUAAUUAAGUGGUGCGCACGAAAUACUAUGUCUUUGCCACGAGUAACUUAGUCGUGCGCACGAGAUUAAUUAAGUUGUGCGUACGAGAUUCUAUGUCGUGGCCAUGAGAAACUAAGUCGUGCGCACGAAAUUAUUAAGUGGUGCACACGAGAUACUAUGUCGUUGCCUCGAGUUAUUAAGUCGUGCGCACGAGAUACUUUGUAGUGGCCACGAGUUACUAAGUCGUGGGAGAUAAGUAAGUGCUCGUGCGCAAGGCGUAUAUAAAACGCACAAAUGUUACCUCUGUGCCACCGUAACAUAAUAUAACUGAUUUUCGAAAUCACGUGAUUAUAGCGUUGUUAGACUGCGUCAAGCCUAAUACACCGUUCAGUGCCAAAUAGUUCAGUACCAUACAGCGAUUGAUAUUGAAGGUUUGAUAGAUAUUUUAAGGUUGACACAAUACUUUAGAUAAAGUAAAAGCAGGAACUAAGACUUCAGUAAAAGUAAAUAAGUACCACAAAAGAACAUAAAGGCCACUUAAAAUGGAAUGGAAUCUACCACCUACAGGGGAGCUUCAUUUGAUGGGAUUUCUAAAUGACGAUUUAUGGAGAAAGGAGCUGGCACCACAGUUUGAGCAGCCGUAUUUUAGAUCUUUAGAAGAAAGAUUACAGAAAAACAAUGGCCAAAUCAAAAAGAUAUUUCCACCCCCGGAACUUGUAUUCAAUGCUCUUAACCUUACACCUUUGAAAAAGGUCAAAGUGGUGAUUCUUGGACUGGAUCCUUAUCAUGGCUACGGUCAGGCCAUGGGUUUAGCAUUUUCCGUACCAAUUGGCAUACCAGUCCCAUGCUCUUUGCAGAACAUAUAUAAGAUGUUAUACAAUGACCCGGAUAUUCCUGAAUUUGUGAUAUCUGAUGGCAACCUCGUGAAUUUGGCUGAUAAGGGAGUGUGGAUACCUAACCAUGGCUGCCUCGUGAGUUGGGCCCAACAGGGAGUGUUGUUGUUGAAUUCUUCACUUACUGUGGAGGCUGGUGAUCCCGAAUCUCAUGCUAAAAUUGGAUGGCAGCAUUUUACGGACGAGAUUAUCAGAAAAGUGAGCGAGUACCAUAAACAUGUCGUGUUCAUACUGAUGGGAGAUUUUGCAAAAAAGAAAAAGAAAUGCAUUAAACCGUUAGAACAACAUAAAAUCAUUGAAACCACGCAUCCAGCGUCUCGUGGACAACAUCAGGACAUGUUUCAAGAUAGUUAUUGUUUUUCUGUUUGUAAUAAUUGGUUAAAAACACAAGGACUAACUCCUGUGCAAUGGAAUCGCCUUUAGUUCAA